CUGUCUUCAUCCAGGUAAUAAAGGAAAAGCUUUUAGCUUUUGACCAUUAAGUUUGAAGCCAACAGAGGCAAUGAUGGUGGAAGUGAUGAAGCUGAACAAGCAAAUAAAAGAAACUCAACUCCAGUAAAAACUGCUAAUGGAUGAAACCAGGCAGCUAGUCACUGAAAAGUUAUUUGUCCAGGAUGAAAAUAAAUUCUCUCUAGAACACCUCACCAAUAAAAUUGAAGAGUAUAGAAAGCAACUUGAGACUUGGGACAACUACUUACAAAAAUAUGGAGAGAUUGAAUGAAGGAGACAAGAACUAGCCUCUUAAUAUGAGAAAUGAACUUCAAAGCUUAAAACAGUCCUGGAAAAGAUACAAUGCAGUUUGCAGCAACAGUUGCAGGUAAUGAGGGACCUUUUGCUAUUAAAGGAGAUGGAGAGAGAAAUGCAGACGUUACAGUAGGAGCUAAACCAAUUUCAAGCUGAGACAGCUGCAAAAGCACAGGCAAUCAAGACCCAGUUCCCCCAGGAAAAAGCAUUAUUGAAGAAACAACUGAGUGAGCGUGGGAAGGAGAGAAAGAAACUUAAAAGGAAGGCCUAGGCCUUGGAGGUGGCAGCAAAGAAGCGUACUUCUGAAUUCUCCCACAGCUUCUGCAGAGAGAAUAGCCAUCACAGAAGGAAUAACUGCAGCAGUCUAGGCAACGCCAUGAGUUGCAGGCUGCUCAAAGCCUGUUAA